AAACUGGUAAUUGAUAGGCGCUAAAGAAGCCUCCAAAGGUCUAUGCUUGAGGCAAGAAUGAAAUAUGACAAAUUGAUCGCAAAUAAUUUCACCACUGAGUUGUCCCGAUAAACUAAAGGCUGAACCAAAUCUGAUGGGAUUAAAGCAAAGGUGAUUAAGAUAUCGGCAGGACGACGCACAAUAGCAAAGUACAGAUAAAGCGCUCGAUACGGAACCUUCUUGCGAGCGUUUGGCCCUAGCCUGUGGAAUUAUCUUUUCCUUCGCAAUUUGCGCUGGCCCGCUUUAAUGAGAACAGACAUAGCUCCAGUGUGGCGCAUCGAGAAAAGACAUUAGUGCGGCAGAAAGAAACGAUUUAAAUGCUUCAAAAUGCAUACCUCUCGCAAGGCGCUCAACAUGAUCAAGUAUCUAAUCUUGAUGCUAACGUUUAUGUGUGUUGUUAUUGAAAUCAUUCAAAUCGUAGUUGGUGCGGUCUUACAUCGGCUUUUCGCGACCUAUACCGUGUUCAUUGACAAUGACUUUGUGCGUGCGACUCACUUCCUGAUAGCAGUCGGUAUCGUGCUAGUGUUUUUAUCCAUUUUCGGCUUUGCUGCUAUAAUUUUCGAAAAUGUGAUAAUGAUAUUUUUGUACGCCGGUAUGUUUAGUUUGGUCGUUAUUCUCGAAAUCAUUCUUGCAUCGGCCGCUUUUUCGAUGUACAACCGUGUGGAUAGCAUGCUUACCCGUCGGAUGAAUGUCGUAAUACAGCAGUUCCAUACCGAUCGUUUCAUGCGUGUCAGCUUCAACCAUAUGCAAAAUUCGAUGAACUGCUGUGGUAUUCAGUCUUAUGUCGAUUGGACCAACUUCCAUCCUGACAGAGAGCUACCCAGUUCCUGCUGCCGUCGUUAUGAGGAAGGAUGUAUGCCACAUGAACGCGGAUGCCAUGCACCAAUGUCAGACUUUAUGGGCUCACGCAUCCACAUGAUUGCUACCGGUACAACGAUUAUUGUCGUGUUCCAGGUUGUCUGUAUCAUUACAGCCAUAAUCAUGGGAGCCCGUUUGUCGUUGUAUAAGCGACGACUUAGGGAAACCGGCAUGAGCUCCGGCAUAGCAACUGCACCCGAGCCUAUUCUAACCGAGAAACCGAAAUAUUAGGUUUCAGGUAAAAGGUUGUGGAUAUACGAGAGUAAUGGGAAAAAGAAAGAGAAUCAAAAGAAACUGUUACAAUACAACUACUAGAAUUGAUAACAAAUCAUAGGACCAGCACUAUCGGAAGGAAUUGAUUAACGAAAGCACGAGUUAUAAUAACAAUGCAAAAUAAAGUUAAAUAAGUCUCGUAGCAUUCAAAACGUUCCACAACGAUGGUAUGAUGUGCCGUUUAGGGAGUUGGCACAUCAUAUUAUUUUCCUAUAAAGGUGUACGCUAUUGUUCUGUUAAAUGUAUUGUAUUGUUAUUUUGGGAAGUUUUUAAGAAACCAAAAAAUAUAACUUAUCAGGAAAUUAAAUAAAAUAAACCGAUUAAUUUAAAUAAAAAACAUCAACAAAUCAGCUGU